UAAUAAGUCCCGAUAAACUCAACUCACAUCAGUCGAAUAAUAGUUAAACUUCCGAAAAUAUUAUAUUAAACAAUGCCGCCGACGAAUAAACUUUUAGUGCAUUCUGCAAAACAAAUUGUACAAGUUUGUGCAGACGGUCGUCGUGUUAAACAGGGGCCUGAAAUGAAUACUGUGGAUAUAUUACAAGAAGAAGGUGUAGGAUACAGUAUUCUAGUUGAUAGAAACGGGAUCAUAACGGACAUUGGCACUGAUAAAGAAGUUGCAAAUAGGAACCCAGAUAUAAAUGCAGAGACAGUUAUUGAUGCAAGUGGGUGUUCAAUUAUUCCAGGUUUGGUAGAUGCUCACACACAUCCAGUAUGGGCAGGUGACCGUGUACAUGAGUUCGCUAUGAAGCUUGCAGGAGCAACAUACAUGGAAGUUCAUAAGGCUGGUGGAGGAAUACAUUACACUGUCGAACAUACCAGAAAAGCUUCCGAGGAGGAGCUAUAUGCUUCAUUUAAAAACAGACUAGAAACAAUACGAAGUGCUGGUACCACACUAGUAGAAUGUAAGAGUGGCUAUGGACUAGAUGUUGAUACAGAAGUGAAGAUGCUGCGAGUCAUUGAGAGAGCCAAACGUAACAUGGCGAUCGGUAUAUCCUCAACAUAUUGCGGUGCACAUGCUGUUCCCAAGAACACAACUGCAGAGGAUGCCACACGCGAUGUCCUUGAAAAACAGAUUCCAGAAAUUCAAAGACUGAUGUUAGACGACUCAUUGCACGUGGACAAUAUUGACGUAUUUUGUGAACGCGGCGUCUUUGAUAUAGCGCGACGAGAUCUUUUUUAGAAAGGGAAAAAAGUUUGGGGGUCCCCCAAUUAAAAAUUUUCCCUGGAGAUGAAACUUCAUUCCCAACCGGGAAUUUCCCCAGAGAUGGGCGCAGAAAUUGGUGCUCGUGCCAUAAGUCACUUGGAAGAAAUCUCAGAGGAUGGAAUAUCAGCAAUGGCAGCCGCUGGAUCGGUAGGAGUAGUGCUACCUACAACAGCUUAUAUUCUUCGUCUUAAACCUCCGCCGGUCCGACAGAUGAUUGACAAGGGAAUGGCUGUAGCUCUCGGUUCUGACUUCAAUCCGAAUGCUUAUUGUUUGACUAUGCCACUUGUGAUGCACCUUUCCUGUGUUAUUUUGCGCAUGAGUAUGCCCGAGACACUUAAUGCCGCAACAAUCAACGCUGCGCAUGCGCUAAAUCUCUCAGACAAACAUGGCUCCAUCGAAGUUGGAAAAUAUGGAAAUUUUGUUGUUUUAGAUACAAACCGAUGGGAAAAUCUUAUUUAUAAAUUUGGCUGCUUCACUGACAUAGUGAAAAAUGUCAUCUUCCAGGGAGAGGUGGUCCAUUCUAAGGCAAAAUCUAGUAAAUAAAACGCAAUGCUAUAUAUACAAUGUCAUUUUAUUUUUGUAGCUUUUACAAACAUUUGAGCAUGUAUGAUUUUCACUGCAUUGUACUUUUUAUCACAUUUUAAUAAAUCUUGAAUUAUGUAGAUUAUUGUUUUGUCAUAAAUCUUUAGCAGCACACCUAUCUAGAUUUGUU